AUGGAUAGUGGCAGCAGCUUUAGGCCGGGUACAGAUAGUGGCAACGAUGGUCAUGAGGAGAGAGGGAUGGAUGAUUGCGGUGGUGAUUUAGAGGAGAUAGAGGAGUUUGAAGAGUUACAGGAGUUGGAGCGAGGAUUCGAUACUGCGGCAACGCGCGUUUUGGCAGAAGAUCGUGGUCAUGACCAGCAAAGCCUGAGUGAGGGAGAGGAGGAGAGUAGAGUAGAGGAGAAAGGGAAGUGGUCGUGGGCGAGAGCGGGGAUGGGGUGGGUGGGCGUGAUAGUCUCGCUGGGAGUGGAUGCCCUCACGCUCACCAUGUCGAAGGAACCCGUAUACCAGGUGGUGGAGGUGAGUGCGAGCGGGGCACUCAGGCAGAGGGAGGUCAGUCGGCGGCAGCUGCUGCGAUACAGUGGUCUAUCGCAGCGUGACAUACGCCGCAUCGACCCGUCUCUUUGGGUCACCAACGCUCUGCCUGCUCUGCUGGUGCGUGAGAGUGCGAUUCUGGUGAACCUAGGGUCGCUACGGGCCAUAGCUACAGCUGACUCUGUUCUCAUCUUCGACCAUCACAGUGCAGGAGCGAGGGCAUUCCUGGAGGUGCUGCUGGAUCGUCUGAGGCUGGAUGCAGAUCUGGCAGACAUGCACGGGGGGAAGGGCGUGGGGGGCCCCGUGCCCUUCGAACUGGAGGUGGUGGAGUGUGCCUUGAUCUCCCGCACACAGCGCCUUGAGAGUGCUCUUCUGGACAUCGAACCUCGGACGAAGGCGCUAUUGGAGGUUCUCCCCACACACAUCACAGCCGACAAUCUCGAGGAGCUGCGUCUGGCCAAGCAGGCUCUGGUGGAGCUGGGGUCGAAGGUGGGAGCUCUGAGGCAGAUGCUGCUCGAGCUUCUGGAGCACACGAGCGACCUACGGCGCAUCACAGCCAUGGGGCGGCACUGCCACGUCAGCAAGGACGGCGACGUGGAGUGCCCCACACCCAUCGACCAGCGGCUCGUGGAUGAGGAGGAGCAGGAGGUGGAGAUGUUGCUAGAGUACUACCUCCAACGGUGCGACUCGUGCCAUGGGCAAGCGGAGAAGCUACUGGAUUCAGCCAGGGAGAUGGAGGAUUCAAUCUCAGUCAACCUCAGCUCUCGUCGCCUAGAAGUGAGUCGCUUUGAGCUUCUGCUACAAGUGGCCACAUUCGCUUCUGCCAUUGGGGCCCUCAUUGCAGGCAUCUUCGGUAUGAACCUUCGAAGUCGGUUGGAAGAAUGUGCUACUGCAUUUUGGAUGACCACAGGGGGCAUCAUCUUGGGUGGUGUGGUCAUGUUUGUCCUCAUGCUCAUCUACCUGCGGCGUCGCAAGAUCCUAUGA